CGGUCACAUCUUGUUGCCAGAACUUCAGUGACGCGGUAACACUUGAUUUCUUUUUUUUUUUUAAAAAUUCAUCCAGGCUCUGCGUCUUUUUCUUCGUUUAAGUACGUUUAUUUUGCAAAACAUCUUACCGAGGCGCAUAUCCAGUGUUGCCGCAUUUUGUAUCCUUGCUCGCAGCCCAUUUGCAGUCGCUUUUGGAUGUUUUGUUGCGGAUGGUCAGAGAGCGCUGAUCCUCAGCUGCCGUUAAGACCUCUCAGCUUUAAGGAUAAGAUUCUUAUUUAGAAACGGUUAUAUAAUCGGAUAGAUACUGGCGUUUUGUGCGCACGUCUUUCUAGCAUUCUAACAGCUACUUAUUAUUCAUCCAGUCAUUGUAUUCUGUUGUAGCAAGAUUAUUCCCUUCCGUGUUCAUGCCAGAUCUGCAGCGCUUUAGUUUUCCAUACCAUAGCAUGAAUCCUUUGUUGGAGGCCAACGCGCAUCUCCAACAGCAUCCGCAGCAGAGCCAAUCGUCCGGACAUCCAGACUCUCCCUCAGGCCUCCUGCCCGACGCCGUUUUCGGUGGACCGGACGAAACAGCUUUUCUACUAGGUGAGCAGUCUAGUCCGGGGCCUGAUCAGCCGGGGCCUGACUUCACCGCACCCUCGCAGACCUCACCUUACCUCCACCACAAUCACAGCAGCCACCUUUACCAGCAUCGUGCCGUGCCGCAUCCCCCGGCAGCCAUGGCUCUCAGAAACGACUUGGGAUCCAACAUCAGCGUCCUCAAAACUCUCAAUCUGAGGUUCAGAUGCUUUUUGGCAAAAGUGCACGAAUUAGAGCGCAGAAAUAAGAUUCUAGAGAAGCAGCUUCAACAGGCGCUGGAUGCCAACAAGGGCUGUCAAGGUGGAUGCUGUGAGGGCACUGCGCAUACCCAGGAAGCAGGUGUGCAGACCGGAUUUGUCGGGACCAUACCGCUCAGGCCCGUCUCCCUCCCCUUCCACAACACCAACAACUCAGCCAGGAGGCCUACAACACUGUUUGCACCACCACUCACAACAACCCUCCCACCGACAGCCGCUGAAAACUCCAGCUCAACCCAAACAAAUGCCACUGGUAACCCAGCCAUCACCAUCAGCCAGCCCUCUCCCUGUGUGGACUCUCCUGGCUCUGGCUCUAAAACUGUCCCCUACACCAGCUCCACCAACCCUCCUCCAAGGUUCCUCCCUGGCACAAUCUGGUCCUACAACCACACCCGCAAGUUUGGCCCUGGUGCAGAGCGUCUGACCAGCCCAGGAGUGUCUUGGGUGCACCCUGACGGAGUCGGGGUCCAGAUUGACACCAUCACCCCUGAGAUAAGAGCCCUCUAUAAUGUCCUGGCCAAAGUGAAGAGGGAGAGAGACGAGUACAAACGCAGAUGGGAAGAAGAAUACACUAUGAGGAUGGAUCUGCAACAGAAAAUUUCGGAUCUACAAGAGGACCUGCAGGAGAGUGAGGGCUGUCAAGACGAGCUGGCUCUCAGAGUUCAGCAGCUGAAGGCAGAGCUGGUUCUCUUCAAAGGCCUCAUGAGCAAUAACUUGUCAGAGCUGGACAGUAAGAUCCAGGAGAAAGCCAUGAAGGUGGACAUGGACAUCUGCCGCAGGAUCGACAUCACCGCUCGUCUGUGUGACGUAGCUCAGCAGAGGAACUGUGAAGAUGUGAUCCAGAUGUACCAGGUUCCUAACAGCCAAUCAUCUCUAAACUGUCGCCGGAAACAAACUCCUCUGUCCUUCAACGGGAGUGAGUGCGACGAACCUGUGAGCACCUCCGAAAGUGAUGGAGGUGCGGUCAAAGACGAAGAGCAUUGCGGCUCAUCAGCCAAUCAGAUCAAUGAGGAGAUGCAGAGGAUGCUGAACCAACUGCGGGAAUGUGAGUUUGAGGAUGAUUGUGACAGUCUGGCUUGGGAGGAGAAUGAAGAGACACUGCUUCUUUGGGAGGACUUCCCAGGAUGCACUCUGCCUCCUGAUCCUGCCCACCCACCAGGAGAGGAGGACUGUCUGGAAAAGGUGAUUAAUGACACGGAAUGUCUUUUCAAGUCCCGAGAGAAGGAAUACCAAGAGACAAUUGACCAAAUUGAGCUGGAACUGGCCACAGCAAAGAGCGACAUGAACCGACACCUGCACGAGUACAUGGAGAUGUGCUCAAUGAAGAGAGGCCUAGAUGUUCAGAUGGAGACCUGCAGGAGACUCAUUACACAGAGUGGAGACAGUGAUUCUGCAGCACCUGCGUCCACUGAGGACAGUGACCAGAGAGAAAGCGACAAGUCUUCAUCAUCUCCGCCUUCUUCCUCGAGCGCUGGGCGAUCUUGACACUUCCUCACUCUGGCAGCAAUGGGGGCUAUGGUCACGUGACACUGCAUCCAGCUACAGUACCACACCAACGUAAUACACACACUUAACUAUGGCAACAUCACGUUUACAUAUGAACCUCUCCAUUUUCUCACAUUUAGGGUUUAUUCUUCCUGCUGUCCACGCACAUAAACUUUGGUCUGAGGAGACUUUGAGCACUGAAAGUGUGACUGAGCAGCAGAGCUGGAUUUUUGUUAAUACUACUCCAUGCAGAUGUCACUGCCCUGCAUAGGGGAGAGGUCUUCUUGUAGUUGGACCAUGUCAUCUUGUGUUUGACAGCAGUAGUUAAGAAACCAAAGCUUAUAAUGGAUUGUCCUGUAAAGAUUCAGAAGGUUGAAGAGUAAACGUAACCAGGCUCCUUGUGGUGUUGUGAGGCAGUGGAGUGCUGUAGGCUACAGGAAAAUAUAGCAUGACUUAUUCACUCUACACAAUAAAAACACUUGAUAACUUGGGCAUCUGAAGCUAAUCAUGCAAAUACCCGUUGUAAGGUCACUAGAACCUUGUAAAAUCCACUCCACAUAAAUCUACAGGCCUAUAACUUAUGUUCUACCAGUAAACAAACAGGACAGGAGCAGGACAGUUUUAGUGUUAAAAUACUGCAACAAAGGUUGUCCUUGAGUUUAUCACAUGUAUUUCUGGGUUUGAUUGUCGAGUUCAGUAUUGAUAACAAUGAGCUUGGGUCAUGACUCAGCGUUUUACUGCCUGGCAGCUGCAGAUUCAGAGCUUGCUUUGUAUCUGCAUAGCGACAGAUUAAACCACAGGCAAAGCAAACCUUAAGUCAUGAAUAAAUGAUAGCAUCUGUGCUUUAUCUAGCAAAACCAUAAAGUGGAUUUAAAAAAAUAACCAAAACAUUAGUUGUGUGUGUAUUGGAGCAGCAGAGUAGUAUCUCUAAAUAUCAACAUCCCAAUAUAAAUUAGGUUCCAUUACUGAAAACAGUCAAAAGAAAGUUGGGGUCUUGGUGGUCUGUCAUAAUAACAGCAUUUUGUGGUCUAAUUCACUUAUUGAUCUGCUGUGAAUUACCUGGAAGCAAAAAGGAUUUUGUUUGCGAAAUCCACCAUAAAACAGUUUAAACAUGUUACCCAUUGCUGAUGUUCUGGCAUAAAUAAAUACAAAAACAAAUAAGUGGCCAAUUUAGCUAAUCUUGUCACAAUAUUUCCACUGCAGUUACAGUCUAUUUUAACAGCACUUACAACAUUGGCAGCAAGCAUCAGCAUCAUUUUGGUGUCAGGCUUAGGAAGAGUAAACCACACCAACGUUGCAACCCUCAUACACUGAGAAAUCCAUCCUAGAGUAGGCACCAACAUCAAUGUCUCAGAUAAAAAAUGUUUGAGGUGUGUAAUUUCUAUUUAAUGGUGCUUAAUAAGAAACUUCCAGAAAGUUCCAGGAGACAGCGGUGAAGGAUGUCGUCAGAGGAAAGCAUGUUUGUUUUCAGUUUGAAAAGUAGCCUCUUGAAGCUGAUCUGGAGUCUGUGUUGGCGCUUCAUUCUGCUCUUUGUGUCUCUGACACUCAAACAAGAAAAGUACUGUAUGAUAAUGUGUAUUGACACAUAGCUGCGUUAGAUUAGAGUCUGGUCCUGUGCUCUGCAAGCUGAGCUGCAUGGUUUAGCAGGAUCACUUUAAGGAUCAUAAAAGACAAACUAAAAGAUGGUCAUGAAAUAAUGUAAGUUAGUUGUUGAGUGCCAAAAUAAAAUGAACAUGGUCAGAUUGUGAGUCAAAAGGUAAUUGCUGAAAAAAAAAAAAGACCAACUAAAUAUAGCUGCCGAAGCUAUUUCACCAAGGUGCUUGAUGUAUAUAACUAAACAUAUUUUUGAGCUUGUAAACGUUUGCACAUAGAAAGGAAGAGCAAAGCAAAAAUGUAAAUGAAACGAUCCGCACUAUUACUUGUAAAAUGUACAAAAAAAUCUUGACACGCUGGAAACAGAAAACUUUAUUUCUUCUAUUCAUAUUUCCUCAUCUUUGUCAUGUUGUAGGUGGGGUACUAGAAUAAUAAAUUUAACACAAACACAUACCUCAUUUCUACUUUAUUUAGGUUUUUCUGGGCACAUUUACCAUGAACUUUAACUCUGACAUACUGCUACUGUAAAACAUAUAUAUUAACAUAUUGCUGGAAAUCAUCACUGUCAGGGGAACGCCCCCUACCAUCACUACUCUAAUAUCAGACCGUGUUAUCUAAAUAUAGUCCUGGCUGUAGUUUCUUCUGUGUGGUCGAACUGGGUCAAAUGUAUCUCUUCUGCUUCCACUGCAACUUGCCCUUUGUUUCAGUAAUAAAGGCAGUAGGUGGACAGAUUUGAAACUUAUAUAAACUUGUGCAUGUGUGGAUGUUGGAAUCAGCUGAAUGUUAAUAAGUAUUUCACUACUAUUUGACUACAGAAGGAGGAUGUCAGCGAUAAAUUGUGUGAGAUAUAAAACACACCAUUUCCCUUUGUAUAGGUUAACGUUCACACACUGAGUGAGUCUCUACGUAUGCAUGUGACAGUGUGUAUGUUUUUGGGUGUUAUGUCUGUAUAGUGAGUGUUUUUUAAAAAGACUUUUACUGGGGCAAAUGUACAACACGAAGAAGGAAACAUAACAAGUCCAAUUUGAUAUUGUCUCUAUGUUUAGCAGUUUAACUUUACAAGAGAAAUUUGAGACUGAGCUGUCUUUUGACAUAAUCACCUCAAAAAAAUGUAAAUAUUUAAAUCAAACAACAAUGGAGAUCUUUUUUUCCAUUGGUACUCUUUCUUUAUGAGUGUAUGUGGCUGCCAAAUAAAGUCAAUUUAAAAAUAACUCAAGAGAAUCACUGAAAUGCAAAUGCUUUAGCAAAAUGACUGUAUGAUGGCUUUGAUAAUAUACAGUGUAUGUAAAAGAAAUAUAGCUUUGAAUAUAUACUUGUGUUCGAAGACUGCAAAAGACGAAAGUCCUUAGUCACACAUCUGAAAGAAGAUAGAAGAUACAAUGACUCUAUUUAGCUUUUCAGUGGAAAUUAUGGUGGUUGACGGUUCCAUGUCUUCACAGAGGAGAAUGCCUCGAACUAUUUUGAAUCAAUUUGUGUCACAUAACAAUUUGAUUUUAAUCCUGAGUAUAAUUGAGUACUCCAGAUGUGUGACUAUGCAGGUUUAAACACCAUGACAGUAAUUUAGCCUUACAAGCUUCACUGCAGAGCUACAUUAUGUAAUGUGUCAAGAAAGACUGAAAGAAUAAAAGUUGCAACAUUU